CGACAGAGAAAUUUGACAAGGACUCGUACAAUACAAUAGCGCUAGUCCUCGUGCUACGCUACAGUACUCGGAAUUGGCUCUCGUUGUCGAGAGAGUGGAGACUGCUUGUGUAAAAAAAAGCUAGCCUUUGCUAGCCUUUGCUAGCCUUUGCCUUUGUCUAUUUGGUUUUCGCAACCAGUGUGUCCUUGUGGUGUCGGCUUGAGCGCAGAUUUUCCGCCGCUACAUCUUUUGAAACGGUUCGUGCGGUCCCUCCCAAUCUAGCUCGCCCGCGCGAGCCAGCGGGUACAAUGGAGACUGAAGAGAAACUAGACCUGCGGUCCAGCGAAGGAGACUGCGUCUUGUGCUCUGUGACCGAGGCUGAAGUAAGCCUGGAUGAAAUGCUAAGCCUGGCGUGUCGGCAAGGCAAGCAGGACAUCGUGGAGCUUCUUCUGGAGAGCGGUGCUCUUGUGAAUCACCGAAACAAGGCAGGGAAUACUCCUCUGCUCGAAGCAUGCAGCCAGGGUCAUGUAGACGUGGCCAGGCUGCUUUUGGACCGAGGUUCUGUGAUCGAUGCUCCAACGGAAUCGACGUCAGAUAGCGCCCUAACUUGGGCGUGCACGCUUGGAAACGACCUAAUCGUACAUUUGCUUUUGACUCGCGGAGCAAACGUUGAGCACAGGACCAAAGAUGGUUGCACCGCCCUGAUGUUCGCUGCGUUGGCCGGACACGUGCAAGUGGCUGAGCUACUGUUGGACCACGGCGCUGAGAUCAACGUGCAGUCCGACUCGAACAAGGACAGCCCGCUUACGUUUGCCUGCUGGAAGGGCCAUCAUGAUGUUGUUGAGUCGUUGCUGAAUCGCAGCGCACAUAUUGAGCAUCGCACGAAAGAGGGCUUCACCCCUUUGAUGUUUGCUGCACUCGGCGGUCACACCGCCGUCGCCGAUCUGCUGCUGGUGCAAGGUGCCAAGGUGAAUGUGCCGUCCGGUUCCAACAACGACAUCCCGCUGACAUCUGCGUGCUGGAAAGGCCACCACUCGGUCGUCAAGUCGCUCAUCGAAUAUGAAAGCAACUUGGAGCACCGCACCAAGGAUGGCUGCACGCCGCUGAUGUUAGCGGCACGCGAGGGUCACUUGAGCGUGGCAAUGCUGAUACUGGAGCGCGGCGCCAAGUUGAACAGCCCGUCCGGCAGCGAGAACAACAUUCCACUGACGCUGGCUUGCUGGAAAGGCCACUGCGAAGUGGUGGAGUUGCUGCUGCAUCACGACAGCGAUCUCGAGCACCACAACAAAGCUGGCUGCACACCGCUGAUGCUGGCAGCCCGAGAGGGCCACGUUGAGGCAACUGAGUUGCUGCUCGAACAUGGCGCCGAGAUCAAUGUCCCGUCCGGUUCGAACGACGACACUCCGUUAACGUUAGCAUCGUGGAAGGGACAUGCGGAAGUCGUGGAGCUGCUGCUGUCCAAUAAGUCCAAUGUGGACCACCAGACCAAGACUGGCUGUACACCGCUCAUGGAGGCUACGCGGGAAGGACAUGCACUCGUAGCUCAGUUGCUGCUUGAGUAUGGUGCUGAGGUUGAGACUCCUGACAAUUACGGCCAGUCACCGUUGUUUAUGGCUUGCUGGAAAGGGCACGCGCGUGUCGCCCGCCUUCUGCUCGAACUCAAUGCAAACCGCGACUGUCGUACCAAGACUGGUAUCACACCACUCUUUCAGGCGUGUCGCGAGAACCACAUUGAAGUUGUACGUCUGCUCCUGGAGUACGGCUGCUCUGUCAACUCGCCGUUCCCGAACAGCAGCAAAGAGAAUCCGUUGACGUUGGCGUCGGAGAAGGGCCACGUGGACCUGGUGAAGCUGCUGCUUGAGCGCGGUGGGAAUGUUGAAGUGCGCACAAAGAAGGGAGCCUCACCGUUCUUCUUGGCAUGUCGCGAGGGUCACAUGGGAAUCGCCAUCAUGCUAUAUGAAAAGAGAGCCGAUACGGAAGUGCCGGAUUCACGCAGCGUCACGCCUUUGCUUGCGUCUUUCCGCAAUGGUCAUGUUAAAGUGGUUGAGUGGCUCCUUAACUAUGUCAAGGCGUUCCCGAGUGACGACGAUUGUUCGAAAGCCCUGUCGGCCCCUUGUCCACCUGAUUCGAAAAUGGAUGAGAUCAGGACAUUGCGGGAGCAAUGUACUGAGUUGAUCAUGGCAGCCAAAGCGAAGAAGACGCACGCAGCAGAACGGUGUGCCGAGCUGCUGUUUAAUGAGCUUGAUGCCGAGAAAGCAUCCAAGGAGACCAAGCGGCAGGCAGCCAUUCGGAAGCGCGACAAGCGGAAGAAGCGCAAACGCGAGCAACAGGAAGAGGAGGCUCGCAAGGAGCUGGAGGCCAAGGAACAGGAGGAAGCUAGUCAGCAGGAAGCCGUCAUCGAGAGGACGGUGGCCGCCACCACUCUUCGUUUGACAGCCAGCCCGGAAAGCAUCCUAUCGGCGCUGAAGUUCCUGACAGCGACGCCAUCAGCGCCCACGACCACCACGAUAUCGACCAGCAGCUCCUCCUCACGACAGGCGAGCAGCACUCGCGAACGGCGCAAUCUCGGCGUUGAUGAUGUUGUUGCAGCUGCCGCUGCAGGUGUUAGCGUCAUUAGCCCCGCGCGAAAAGCUAGCGUACCGGCAGCAGAACGCGACCGAACAAGCCAGCAAUCGAGCACCGACUUAUCCGCUAGCGACGACGAUCGCAACCGGAAGAAUAGACGGCGGCGCAAAGUCAAGACUCCGACCACCACCGCUCUUACUGGUCCGUUCUCGGCCAUAGCGUUAGCAGCAAAACCCCUGCAGCUCACAGCCCUCUUGUCGAGCACGCAGGCCUCGUCGAAAUCGUCCUCGUCGUCCGUGACCGGGGAUUCCGCACGUCACCACGGCAACGCAAGCAGCCAGCCCUGGCCGCCCCGGUCCGACACGCCCGGUGAAGCGCGCAGCAAGACUGGGACCAAAUCGUCAUCCAGUGUCAUCGCUGCUGCGUCUGCCGGAGCAGCAGCUAGACCUGGCAGUAGCGGUAGUGCCAGCUCCUCAUCUUUCGACGGGAGCGGUAGUAGUGGGGAAACCACGACGACGACUAGUGUGAUCAAUGUAGAAGACGUCCGGGUGAAAGCAGCCGCUAUGUCUCUGUCGGCGCAGCGCUCCGCACGCACCCCGCCGCGCGCUCCGAACCCGCGCGCUCGCACCACCGCCGAGACGUCCCAUCAGCAGUCGACGGCCCAGAGCAAUGCGUCGCGCCUCAGCUCGGGGAGCGAUACGGCCGUCGUGUACAGCAGUCGCUCCUCUGCUUCGUCAAGUCGCGCCGGUGUUGCAUCCACGGCUGGAGCUCAGGGUAGCUCCGGCUCGGCAAGCACUGCAGGCGCGUCGUCAUCGCUAGCGGCCGCGACCAGUGCCGUCAGCUCAGUGCGCUCUUCCGCUGGCGUUAGCACAUCAUCCCAGAGUGUUGCCGAGUCGUUGUCCGGAGAGAAUUCAGCUCGAGACGUAGGUCCUGCUGCGUACAUGGAGGAUGACCUGGACUGGUUUGAAUCCUCCACGUCAACUUCGCACCGUCCACACCGACAACAACAACAGCAACACCAACGCCAUCAAGCGUCGGCGGAUCCCACCAGUCAUACAGCGGGGCCAAGUAGCGGUGGUAGUUCAGGCAGCAGCAGCGUCGCUGGGGGCAGCUCAUCAACAGGCACCUCUUCGCACUCGUCGGGAUGGCAGCAGGUCACUCGCGGGGGCUCCAGUCGGAACGCCCGUGACGUGUUGCCUGCCAUGCCCGUCCUGAAUACAUCCGCCAAUGCAGCAAUGCAGGUCAGCGCCAGCUCGGGCAGCGGUGCAAGCGGUGCAAUGAGCGGUGCAGCUAGUGGUAGCACUGCCACCAGCAACACGACGCCAGCGGCCGGAAAGCCGCGUGAGAUUGUGCCCGGUGUGUUGCUCACUAGCACAGUUCUACCGUCAACCAACAGCACAACGCGUACUAUCACCCUGAGUAUCACCAACACUCUGGUCGGUCGCAUCAUCGGCAAGGCUGGCCACAAGAUCAACGCCAUCACGGAGCAAUCCGGUGCCCAGAUCAACGUAGGUCGUCAACAGCAGCGCGCCACUGAUCGCAACGUGACCAUCAAGGGCACUUCCAAACAGGUCGGUAAAGCACAGGCGCUCAUCAUCGACGCCCUCGGCAACGACAAGGAGUUCGAAGUGGCGAUGGGCGGAUCUAGCCUCGCGUCUGCGUCGUCGCCCUACGUCGCCGCGACUGGCGGCAGCGGUACGAGUACCCAGACAGCGGGGAGUGCUUACGGCUCGUCUUCCGCCGGAACCACAACAACUGUGCCGCCACCAGUGGCUGAUGAAGGGCUUGGCUCGGCAGCAGCAGCAGUCAGCAACGUUUCGUCAUCGUCUGCCGGCGCAUCGAGUGACACGAUCGCUACCAGUUCUGCGCCAAGCCAAGCUGGAAGUGCAACGGAUGCCGUCAGCACAGUCACCAGAGAAACAGCAUCGUCAUCGUCGGCGGUGUUCAAGCAGACCAGCAGCACGCUGUCGUUUGCGGCGGCAGUACGCCCGUCGGCGGCCGGCAGUGCCAGUGGCGGCGGCGGUGGUUCUGCACCACCCGUCGCCAUGCCAGCACCUGCCGCCUCCACGUCAGCGCCAACGCAUCUGCUGGUUGCCAUGGCACCACCGACGGCACCACCCGCCACCGCCGCUACGGCAACAGCCACAGCCGACGGUAAAACGAUCGGCUCGUUCGCCGACGCCGCGUCCGGUCGUCGCACUGUAGCUCUGCCCAAACCCGGCGCUGCCACGGCUGCAGCAGCAAAUUCCACACAACAACAAAAGCAACAGCAGCAACAGCAACAACAGCAGGCCGGCCUGGCAGCACCCGGAGCCUCUUCCACGAGCAGCGCCGUGCCUGGUCCUGACCAGACAGCGUUAGUGUCGUCUUCCACAGCGACAUCAUCCGAAGUGUCCGCCCGACAAUCCUUCCCAUCGAGCGCCCCGUCGUCGUCGACUGUGCUGGCGCAAACGAACACAGGCCCGACACAUUCGUCUCCGAUUUCGUCCGCAGCGUCAGCAGCGGUACCAUUGUCAUCAUCACAGCCAGCAGCAGCAGCAGCUCCUGUGGCUCUGGCUGCUUCGUCCACUGUGCAUUCACAUGCUAGCGUGGCCAGCCAGAGCACACUAACUCCGACUCCAUCCAGCGUGCCAACAGUAGUGCCAGCAACACCACUAUCCGGCCCCUUGACGGUAUCUACAACAGCAACAGCAACAGCGGCAGCAGUAGCAGUGCCAUCACCAACACCAAACUCAUCGUUGCAAUCAACGGCUGGCAGUCCACCACCACCAGCAGCAGCAGCACCAGCACCAGCAGCAGCGGUCGGUUCUCAGGGUAAACGUUUCGACAAGGAGAGCCGCGGGGAGCAGCGUGCGCGCCUGGCCCAGCUCACUAGCGGUCUUGAAGCGCCUCCUGCGAGCGUAACCGCUAUGUCUGUGCCCGCCGCCGCCGCCGCUAGCAGCAGUGGCAGUAGCAGCAGUACCAGCGCUGUACACCAGCUGGAUGCAAGCUCUUCAACACUGCUAAUGACCGCGUCCGUCCCGCCAAUUCUGCCGCCGCCGCUUUCCUCCGAACCCAGUAUCGCAGCAUCCAUGCAGCCGGCUCUAGCCACAUCGCGGGUUAUCAGUCCCGUAGGCCACAGCGCACUGCAGCAGCAGCAGCAGCCUGCGCUGCACUCGGCUGACCCAACAAAUCCGAUCACCCGUCGCCUUGCUAACGUUGAGCUCGGCGGUUCGCUGGGCGUUUCGUUCGGUGACUCGUCGGGAGGAACAGCGCCUGCACCGGCAUCCGCAACACCCGCAUCCAGCAUGGCAACCAUCGAGUCGUCAUCAUCGGCAGCGCCAAUCAGCUCUCCCGCACCUGGCAUGAAUGCCCCGUCAUGGCACGCGCCACUUCACCACCAGCCUAUACAGCAGCAGCCGCCUCACUAUCAUCCACAGCAGCAGCAGCAGCAGCAGGCGCAUCAUCAUCAUCAGAGCACAUCGCGUGAUAUGCCCAUUGGCGGUGCUAUCGGCGCCUCUGGCAUGGCAACAACCGCCGUAACCAUGGGCGCACCUGGUCUUCAGCUGACCAGCAGCUCCGUUGGCGGUGACUCAUCCUGGCAGCAGCAGCAGCACUCACAGCAACUGCACCAUCACCCUCUUCAUCAUCCUCAUCCUCUCCAGCAGCAGGCACAGCACACACAGCAGCAUCAUCUACAUAACAACAACGUACAACACUGGAUGCAAGGGCCGCCACGGCCGGGGCCAACCACCGCCACCGCGCUGCAUGGUGCUUCAGUCGCCACGGCAACCGCCGGGACUGGCUCUGCAGAUUUUGGCCGUGCCUUGUCGCACACCGUCGUCGGUGGCGGAGGAGGCAGUGAUCUGGCUCAGUCGUCGCAGCAGCGCUACGGCAGUGCCAUUCCGGGCGUGUCAAUUCUCUCCGACCCUCGCUGGACUAACCAGACGCCGGCGGAUCAGCCGUUCGACAGCGGCGCUGCUGGUGGUAGCGCUGGAGAUGGCGACUCGGGUCCGCGUCACCUGGACGGCAGCGGCAGCGCUGGUAGUGCUGGCAGUGCCGGAAAUGUGAGCACGGCGGGAAGCGUUGCUGGUACCGCUGCUACUAGUGCGGGGGGCUACGCGCACCCGUCACAGCGCCUGCCACCGCAAGCGCAGACCGCCUGGGGUCAGCAGAAGUCAGCAGCAGGAGCAGCGCCCAUGCCGGGCAGUGGCACUGCGGCAGCAGCAGCGGCGGCAAUCACAGGUGCGUCACCACAGUUCAGCAACCAGCAGCAGCAGCAGCAGCAAGACUCCAGCAGUGUUUCUAGCGCCGGGAUUACAUUACCAACGUUCCCAGCCGCUCCAGGCUUCAACAUGCGCAUGAGCGGUGCUGCCCCAGGGAGCAACACUGCUAGCUCCAGCAGUUCACAGCAUGCGUUCGGCAGCCAUGGGCCCGAUCACAUCCGCUUUGCUGCCUCUUUAGAGUCCUUGGGCGGUGCCGGUGCUGGUGGUGUGCAUGUCAUGCAGUCUGGCUCACGGAGAACUAACGCCACUGCAACAGCGUCUUCAGCAGCAGCAUCGUCAUCGGGAAGCUACUCUCGGGCCAGCGUCGGCGGCAGCAGCUCACGGCCACACACCGACAGUGGAAUGCCCGGUUCUCGCUCGCUUCCUGAUUGGUCACUGGGAACCGGUGCCGGUAUGACGAUGCCGGGCUCGGUGAAAGGAUUCCCGCUGCACCCCGACAGUGCAACCGCGGCCACUAUGAUGUCGAGAGCGACGGGAGCAGCAGCAACGUCAACGCAAGCGUCAGCGGGCAGUCACAUUGGCAGCCAGUUCAUGCAUGAGAACGCCGACUCUUCGCAACACAUUCAACCGCCGUCUGGUUCGACACAGCAGCAGCACACGCUACACCAUGCACCGAAUGCACUCCCUUUCCUGCAGCAGCAGGGGCAUCCGUCGCAUCAUCAACAUCCUCUGUCUCACAGCAGUGUGGCACAAGGGGGUGGUGCGAAUGUCGGCCGGCUCUCCCAGCGACCCGGAUCACCACAGCAGCACCAGCAGCAGCAGCACACGCUGCAUCACCACGCACAGAGCCAGCUGCCGUUCCUGCAGCAGCCAGGACAACCGCAGCACCAUCAUCCCCACCACCAUCCACAUCACCUGUCCCACGGCGGCAGUACGGUACAAGGUAGCGGCGCUAGUGUGGGCCCGCUCUCUCAGAGACCCGGCUCGCCACAGCAGCGGCAGCAGCAGCAGCAACGACAACAACUGUUCGGAGCUGGUCAACAGCAGCAGCAGCAGCAGGCAAUGCAUAGUGCUGUUGGUAAUACGGGCAGUACAGCAAUAGUAGCUAGCAUGGAUACUAACACUCUCAUGGGACAUCAGUCGCCGUACUUGCGAGGAGCCGGCAGCGCAGCGUCCAACGCAGACAUGGUGGCCGCCGAUUCGUUUCAGCGUGCCAGCGCCGUUGGUGGCUUUCCGCGCGCCAGCGCUAUUGCAGAUAACACAGCGAGUGGCAUGGCUGGUGCUUCUUCGGGCAAUGAUCCUUCGUCACUGUCGUUCCCAGGUCAGCACCAGCCCUACCACCAGCCCGCGCAGGCGUUCAAUCCUGCCGCUCUGGGCUCAGCGCCGGGCCCACAGGGAGGGCCGCCGCGUUCCAGCUUUCCGCAACUGUUCAAUCCGCGCCGCUCAUCUUCGCAUUCGCAGCAGCAACACUCCGGCGGUGGUGCCAAUGGUGGCGGGGCUGCUGGUGCUCCGCCGGUUCUCGGAGCCAGAACCAUGCCGGCCGCUCCUCCAAGCGGCAGCAGCUCGGGCUCGUUUGGUGCAAUUGGUAGUGCGUCGCCCUCGUUCCACCAAAUGCACGGUGCCGCGCCAGCAUCUUUCAGGCAGCAGCCGAUGAACUCGGGAGCAGUCAAUUCCGCCCAUCCCAUGCAGCAGCAGCAGCAACAUCAAGCCGCAGCAUCGUCGUCGUCAUCAUCAUCGUUAGCGCAAGUGCCUCAGCAGCAGCAGGCACAGCAGCCAGGUUCCCAACCAUCCCAACAGCAGCAGCAGCAGGGGCAGAAGCAGCAGCACGGCCAGCGGUCUUUCUCGCACGGCACACCAGCAGUGUAGCACUUUGUCGGCGGUAAUGACGGCUCAAUCUCGGACGGCCUCGCUAUAGCUUCCGCUCUUGCUCUUAUUCUUUGCGUCUCCUCUCUCUCUCUCUCUCUCUCCCUCUCUCUCUCUCUGUCUCUCUCUGUCUCUCUCUCUCUCUCUCUCUCUCUCUCUCUCUCUCUCUCUCUCUCUCUCUCUCUCUCUCUCUCUCUCUCUCUCUCGGUCUGUCUCUCUGUCUGUCUCUCUGUCUCUGUCUGUCUGUCUCUCUCUGUCUCUCUCUGUCUCUCUCUGUCUCUCUCUGUCUGUCUCUGUCUCUGUCUCUGUCUCUGUCUCUGUCUCCUCUCUCUCUCUCUCUCUCUCUCUCUCUCUCUCUCUCUCUCUCUCUCUCUCUCUCUCUCUCUCUCUCUCUCUCUCUCUCUCUCUCUCUCUCUCUCUCUCUCUCUCUCUCUCUCUCUCUCUCUCUCUCCUUCAAGGGAUGUGUGCAUAUGAUAAAUUGUGCUUUGGUCCUAUGCCCAGACCUUCGCUUAAAUCUGCUCAGACCUCCGCUUAACUCUGCCCGAUCCCAGCCCAGUCCCUUUCUGUCCGUCGUUGUUGUUGCUGUUGCUUUUUGUUCUUUCCCCCCAUGCCAGAGUUGACAUUACUGGUUCUAGCUUUGCUGCCAGUUCGAAAGUUUCGGUGAUCAUGCCACCGAACACUGCUAGCCUGCCGCUGUGCCUGUUAUGAUUUUGCUAUCCUGUCAACUUUUGAUUUUUACUAUUCUGUCGAGAGCCUCCCCCGGUGCGAGUGUGUGCGCUCGCUCGCACACGAGGGGAAAAUAGCUAUGGAUGCAUGUAUUCGAGAGAGAGAGAGCUGAUGAGUACCACCGGUAGGUACUAAGUAGUUAUCCCGCGUUGAUAUUAUUUUGCCAAUUUGGGUGAGCGCGCCACGGAGUGGUUUGAUAACGACUCCCUGGUGUACGUGCCCGAGAGUUUUUGCUUUUUUUGUUUUUUUUGUUUCUCUUCAUUCAGGAUGGUUGUAUGAAUGCAUAAUGUAGUCUGCUGCGCGCACGCUCUCGCUUCCCCCCGCUCUCUCGCCGUUGCUUUUAUUUUUAUUUUCUUUCUCGGUCAAGCUCUUCCGUGUUGGGUCGUCAUUGCGAACGUUCGACAA